CGCGAUUUCCUUAAUCUUGGACGCGCUGCCAGCGAGACUUUUUCGCCUCAUGUCUUCAUGCCCAGUUUGCAUGCUGUCACCAAGCGCCUCGCGAUCGUUCUACUGCCGUUGAGCAUCGCGCUCACGGCGUACCUAUACCUAUACCCUUUCGUGCAUCGGUGUGCAUUUCCGGCUCCGCCUGCAGGUGUGCAAACAUGGCUCGACGAUUGUGCAUUCGAUGAUGAGACUCUGCGAGAGCAUUACAGCCGGAGGGAAGCCGCGCCAUUCCGUCUGCUGGCGCUGGGAGAUCCACAACUUGAGGGUGACACUUCGUUACCGGCAGAGGUAGUGAAGAAGUUCCUGGGAUUUCAGCGUCUGCGGCGUGACAUUUUGGAUAACAACUGGGAACAAAGUCUGCAGAGUCUGAGAUAUCUGGCAGAAGACAUCUGCGCGCGGUCUCUUAGGAUUGUACGGUCUGCAAGAAAGCACCUCGACCUGCUCGGCAACGAUUUUUAUCUAGCGCAUAUUUACCGCACGUUACACUGGGCGACGCAGCCUACGCAUGUAACUGUCCUGGGAGACCUGCUAGGCAGCCAGUGGAUCGAUGAUGGGGAGUUUGAGCGUCGCGCGGGACGUUUCUGGCAUCGAGUAUUUCGUGGUGCUGAGAAGGUUCCACGCCAGACAUGGCAGGAUUACUCCAAAGGGAAAGAAGACCGUGCUGCAAUUCAGGUUUUGGGUUCAGACGUUAGGUGGAGGAGUAGAAUAAUCAAUGUUGCUGGCAACCACGACAUUGGUUAUGCAGGAGACAUUGGCCGCGAACGAAUCGAGCGUUUCGAACGACAAUUUGGCCGUGUUAACGGAGACAUUCGCCUCAAACUGCCUGCUCAUAAUUGCACCUUGGAUUUACAGCACGAGAACACGCCAAAUCUCAGGCUUGUCGUUCUGAACAGUAUGAAUCUCGACGGACCUGCUUACGAUGGUACGCUGCAGCAAGAGACGUACAAGUUCAUCAACUCUGUCAUUGACCACUCGGAUCCCGUUGGCACUCACUACACCUCGACAAUCUUGCUCACCCACAUACCCUUACACAAGGAAUCUGGAGUAUGCGUGGACGAGCCCUUCUUUUCGUACUUUCCACAGGAACAAGGAGGUGGUGUUCAGGAGCAAAACAUGCUCUCAAAGGACAGCAGUCUUGGCGCUAGCUUGCAAGGCAUCUUCGGCAAGCAUCCGGACGUCAACGCACCUGCGGCAGGGCUUGGAAGAGACGGCAUCAUCCUCACUGGGCACGACCAUGAAGGCUGCGAUGUCUAUCACUAUGUGGAUCGCGAGCAAGGGAGUUGGACCGCAAGCAGGUACGAGUCCGAACAAGCUGUCAAGGCUCGUUCCAACAGCUCGGUCCCAGGGCUGAGAGAAGUCACUGUAAGGAGCAUGAUGGGCGAGUUUGGCGGCAAUGCUGCGUUAGUAUCUGCAUGGUGGGACCAGCAGCAAGGGAAGUGGCAGAUUGAGGUUCAGAUGUGCAGUCUGGGCGUGCAGCACAUCUGGUGGGCUAUCCACGUCAUUGAUGUGGUCUCGGUUUUGGUCUGCCUGCUCGCAGUGGUCACCAGAGCCUCAGAGCCUGCUGUUACGUCUGUAGCACCUGUUGCCAGAACCAGAAAUGUCAAGUCUGCAAUAGGAGUAGAAACGAAGAAGACGCCGCUGCCAAUGAAGAAGAAGAGCAGCGCAUUCAGUAGGCGUUUGCGUCAGAGCCUCGAGGAGGACGGUCUCCAUGGUGGUAAUCUGAAGAGUAAGAAGUCACCGGGAAGUAAAACGAACAAGAAGAAGCCGUAGGUCAAGCCUGAUUCAGAUUUGUAGAUAAUUUUUACCUUUGCAUUUUUGCACGACAAGCCGUGGAGCUUACACAGACUCAAAUUCUUGUGUCGCUCGCCUUCCAAAGAUAGGUCGAGUAGAUGAUCAUGAACAUAUUCAACUUGUUGUUCCAAGUCACAUUUCAACUCCGCUAUGUGUAGCUAAAAUACACAGAUAAUCACCGGUCCCUCGAUCCGGUAAUUUUUUUUGGCGCGAUAUAAGGAAACGUUCUUUGCCCCAUGCGAAAC